AUGGAAUGGCUGCUAGAAGACCAGUUUCAGGCUAAGGGAGACAUGGGGCUUCUCCAAGGCCAGCUGACCCAGGCUCUGGCCUGCAGACACUGCCACAGCAGCAUCUGCCUUCAAAGCCCAGGGAGUCUGGGACUACAGCUUCUGCACCAUUUAGCCUUCCUUGACUGCCUGUGGAAGCAAAAGUCAGAGGAGGAGGAGGAAUAUGGGGAAGAGAAGGCAGAAGAAUCAUUAUCUCUGGAUCCACUAAAAUCAUAUUCUCCUUCCCAAAACACUCGCACUGGAAAUGAACUCACUGCAGCUCCACCCCAGCCAUCCUGUAGUUCUGAGGGACUCCCCGAGGCCACAGAGUUAAGAGAACAAGUACUCAUGCAACCUUCAAGCCCUUCCAGAUCCUUCCCUACCUUCCAGAUCCUGACCACCCUACCUGUGAGGAACAAGAUAGCUUCAGGAAAUUCCCUACAGCAGAGAAAAGGCCAGCUCUUCUGGGGUCUUCCCUCGCUACACAGUGAGUCCUUGGAGACUAUUUUCCUGAGCUCAGAUGACCCUUCUCCACUAAAGCUGUCUAUUUGUCCUUCUGUCUUCUUCAACAAGGUUGCCUUCCUGCCUGUGUACAACUUGUUGCUUCCCUAUUAUCACUCCCCAACUUACUAUCCUACCCCUGAAGCCCACACUAAGAAAAAUCUGGAAGGAACGGCAGCUGGUUCUCAACUAGUUCAAUCUCCACCUUCCCCUCUUACCCCAUCAGUAUCCUCCACUAUUAAGCCCUUGCCUAUAGAUUGCAAGGGAAUCCUUUCUGACACUGAGAACCUCAAGGAACUGGCCCUCCAGGAACUCCCCCUGGACAUGAAGCUCAAUUUUCUGUCAGAAGUAGAAAAUGUUAACCCCAAAGGAAGACGUCCUGCACCAAAGGACUUCUGGGGAAGCAUGGGAUAUAGAGAGAGCCCACCUGUUUCCAGGUCUCCAGUGUCAGUCCCCUGCCCUCCUCUAAACACCCUGUCAGAACACCACAGACCCCUAGAGCAUCUGUCCACAUACAAGCCUCAAUGGCAACACAGAGACAACUUGGGCAAUCUCUGGGCCUUUGAAACCCCAACUUUGAACUUCAACAUGGGGUUCUAUGAAGCCAACCCUGCAUGUCUCCCCCUGGGAUCUGAAGCUCCACUGAAGGGUAGACCCGGUACAGAAAAUCUCUGUGUCUAUGCAGACCUAGUUUCAUCUCCAAGCCUUCCUUCUGCCUCUCUGCCAGACUUUGCAAUAAUGGGUCAAAGAGUCUUUUCAGAGUCUAAAGUUUUAUGGGAGACAAAGGGGCAGAGAAAGAAUCUCUGGGUGUCUGACUCCCCAAGUCCUGCCCACAUACCUCUAGCCCCCUUUAUAGAACCACAAAGAAUCAAUACUGUGCAUGGCUUCUCUAGAUCAGAAGCUACAUGGAAAGAUCCUGAGCAUACAAGAAAAUGUUUGUCUUCUGGGCCUUCAUAUCUGAACCUCAACCCAACCCCAGUUCUUGUACAGUCACCCCUCAGAGUUAGCCCCAUAGAGAACCUGUUUAAAUCUAAAGUGUGUUGUGGGGACACUCAAAGAAAAAAUAACUUCUUGGCCUCUGAGCAUCUAGCUCAAAGCUUAUCCCAACACCUGCUUGGAGUCAGCUCCUCAGGAGUCCUAUCUGAGCCUGCUGGAGGGUACAUGAAGCAGAACGAAAACUGUUAUGUUUCUGCAUUCUCGGUUUGGGAAUCCAGUCCAUCUCCACAGUCUGUUUUGAAGUCUCACAUAAGUGAGCUUUCUGGAGAUCCGUGCAACUAUAAGCCUAUGGAGUCAGCAGGAGAGCAGAGAAAGGACUCCUGGGCCACUGAGCUACCAGACCCCAGUUUUCUUUCUGUUCACCCCAACACUGAGUUUAUAUGUAAAAAUGUACAAGAAAGACAGGCCUCCCAGCCCCCCAGUCCUCCAGUAGUAAAUCCUCUGCAACCAACAUCGUGGACUCCCAUUCAAGCUAAAGCCCUAAAGUUUGAAUCUAUCCAGCCUGGCCUACAGAAGGAAAAGAUGUCCCCAGAAGCCAAGGCAAAGGCCCCAUCUUCCCAGAGUGGGGCUGUCUCAGAGGUGUGUGACCACCCUGUGAGCCAUGCCUGGCAAUGGAGUAGAGAAUUAAAGCUCAGACUAAAGAAACUACAGCAGAGCCCCACUUUCAAACCCCCAGGCCCACAUCGCCCACUUUGCAGCUCCCCAGCUCUUAACUCAACUCCAGAAUCUUAGGGGCUCUCCUCUUGUCCUCAACAUCAGACUCAUCCUCUCAGUCUGCACCCCUGCUCUUCAAGUAGUGGUCCCCCAAAAGUUCAAAGGACAGAACCUCAGCCUGUCCAGGCCCCUCACUGCCCUCACUCCUCUUCUAGCAGAGCAGAACAAGAGUCUCAAAAUAAGAGGAUAAAAUGGAAGGUAAGGGGCCAGACCCCAUCCCCAGGGGAUGUUCACAUGAAGGUUAAUGAAAACUGCUCAGGAAUAGGGGAGCCCUCAAAUAUAGCUGUUCUGGUCUCUAGCAAGAGACAGGACAAGAUUUCAGUUCUACUUUCAGCCCAAAAGAAAGGGAGUCCCAGAAAAUUCAAAGCAGAGAAACAUGGAGGGACUGUAAGAUUGGGAUCCUCCCCUGUCCCAAGGAAAAACCCUGCCCGGGCCUGCAAGCCAACGGAGGCCCCUAGACACAGAUUUCCUAUAAAGUCUCAGUAUAGAGCUCAGUGUUCUCCACACACUGUUCUUGCUCAGCAGCUUCUCCCAAAUGCGGCUGGUCCCCAGGAUCAACAAAGGGCAGGCCUGGUAACUGGUGAUACCCAGAAUCCUCCCCAUCAUAACCACUACCCUUGGGCCCCCAAGGGGAAGCAGCUCCCAUCCUCCACACCCCAUAGUCCCCCUACCAGAGGUUUUCAAAGGUUGUUAGCUAAAUUUCUAGGUGUCCGUAGACCCUUGCCAACUAAAUCGUCAGUAAAGUAUGAUAAUACUGGCACCCAAUAUCCUACAGUGUGA